UUUAUGAUUUGUGCUUUAGAGUAAUUGCGGUUAGGAUUAUCAGUGUUAUCGUCUGUUCAGGACAAUAUAAUACCCUUGUUAUCAGGGAACAGAAGAUAUUGGGAUGACAACUCUACAAAAUAGAUACCACAUCGACCUUCAGAUAUAGACAGAUAGAUAAGUCCUCUCAAGGUUUCCUAACUCCUUACUACUGAGAAACAAUGGCUGAUUCAUCUGACCUUCUGAAUCUGCUGAGAAAGCAUUGUAGUCUUCCCUGUGUCAAUAAUAAAUUAGUUUCAACAUGUUUUGGUGAAUAUCUUUCUCUAUCACGAAAAGAGGUAAUCAGCAUGUCAUUGUCGUUAUAUAUGAGACAGAGAGGUAGACUUACAACGAUCAAGAAUAUAUACUAACCGUGAUGCAGGGCUACACUACUAAGCCUUAGAAACAAUUAACCUGGAAAAUAUGCAUCACAAGUUUCUUAAAUUUCCUGUUAUUUGCUUUUGAUUGACCUGAUCCCUUCGGGAAAGGAAACUAGAAGUGGUAGGUGAAAACUAAGGAAUUCUGUAUCUACAUGUACUAACAGUGAUCAGGUACUUUGUGGUUUUUACUUCUGUGGACUACAUGUUCCACACUGACAAAAUAGCAUCUACUACAAAUAUACGUAGUCAUAUAGUUCACUUCUAUUACCACAAUGUGUUGUGAAGGUUUCGAAAAGCUUUUCUGGAAAACAAAAAUGCCAAUAAUUACAACUGGACUAGUGUUGAUCGUAGCCAAUAUACUACAACUAGUGGGUGUUGUCUCACCGGAGUGGGACAUGUUUGAUACGCCGUACUUUGGUUCCAAAAUGAGACUCUACCAGAAUCUAUGGACAAUUCACGACGAAAUCGAAGACGCAACUGUUCGAGAGGGAUUGUUACCACCAUUUAUAAACACAGAGUGGAAAGCCAGCGUCGUCGGACUGGAGGUCAGUGCGCUGGUGACUGGUGUCCUUGCACUUGUCCUGGUUAUCAGUACAAACGUCAUGGAAGUGUUGUCAAUGAGACAAAUCUUUCUGGUCACGUGUUAUGUUCUGGCGGUACUGCUAGCAUGCUCGUCUGCCGUCACAGCUGUUUUUGGUGUACAACUCUACAAAAUGAACUACAAAAGCAUCCUAAGCAUUGAAGCUUUUCAUUCUUUCAACGUACCGAUAGAGAAAUACGUCCUGUCCUGGGGUUCGCACGUCUCCUACGCGAGCGGGGGCUGCUACUUGUUAUCAGCGGUCCUAAUCAUCGUGAACAUCAUCAAAUCUGUGUCAACCACAGCCAAUUCAUUUGCAGUGUCACCAUCUACCUCUGGAAGUGAGCAUGCGUAGGGGAGGAGUAAAAAUCUAUGGGAUGUCGGGGAUAUAGAAAUCUACGGGACAUCGGGAAUAUAAAAAUAUACGGGACACCGGGAAUAAAGAAAUCUUGGGGAAAUCGGGAAUAUAGAACUGUAGGGGACAUCGGGAAUUUGGAAAUCUACGGGACACUGCGUGAACAACCUGCGGGGCUAAGGAAGGUAUGAACAACCUACGGGACGGUGAAUCUGUGAAUAACAACCUACAGCUCUUGUAAACAACCCACGUGAUGGAGAAAUGUGUGAACAAGUACAGGAGUUGGUGUAAACAAACUGGGGACUGGAGAAGGUGUGAAAAAACUACAAUAUUUAAGAUGUGUGAACUUUCUUUUUUCUCAAUUUUUUUAUUUCAAUAAUUUGCAAAUUUAUAUACUUGGCAUCUACAUCAUUCUUAUAACCAGCAUACAUUGUUUUACAUAUCACUACAUCAUUCUUCAUCUUAUAUCCAGCAUACAUUGUUUUACA